GCGAGUCUUUCGUUGCUGUUUCGCAUUGCGACAAGUUCUUCACGUAAAGCCUUCAUUUCCGAGGUGAGCGCAUUGACACUGUCACAGCUUUCACUGCAAUGUUCCACACUUUGUUUGAAGGAGCGAAGUUCAGCACGGAUUUCACGUUUGAAAUCCUCGAAUGCUUUACCCAGAUCCCUCCCGCUUGCCAUGACAAAAUAUUCAAGGGAAACAAUGUUACUCCUGUUUGGCAGCAGUGCAUGCAGCAACAAUGGCAGGACUUGAAAAGGUAAUACGAUCUUACCUGUACAGAAAAAUGUCUGGUGAGUGUUGCAGAACCCACACGCACUGCUGCCAAACUGGAGGAAAUACGCAGGGCAGUCAGUAUAUAUAGGCAGCGUCCAGUAGCUUGGUGGGUCACAGCGCAGGCGCGGGGACGUCGACGUACACUAGCUGAUCCUGGGGGAUAGCAGUGCAGAGAUAGCCGACGAAAACGGCGCCUGUCCUCGUCAGGUAACUGCCUUCCUUGCGCAGUUUCAGCCACGCAAAAGCCGAUGGAUCGCGCCGAGCAAGAGUGCACCUGUACAGAAAAAUGUCUGAAAGGUGAAAUCCUAGUGACGACUGCGACAAACACCGGUUGGACUCCGUACUUUCCUCUGUUGGCUGGCGUUGUGACCGAGAUUGGCGGUCCUCUGUGUCACGGCGCCAUUGUGGCCCGCGAGUACGGCUUGCCCUGCGUGGUAGGCAUCGAGGGAAUAACCACGAUGAUCGGCACUGGUGAUUUUCUUCAGCUGGAUGGAAACACGGGUGUUUUGAGAAAAGUUUUAGUUCCCCGUAUCCAAGAUGACUGAAGUCCCCUGCACAACAGCGGCACAAAUACGAUUCACUUUCACAAAUGCUUCUGCAUGCAAACGCUGCAGAAUCGAGCAUCUGGACUGUGUACACCAAUCAACCAUUCAUUCAGCUUUAUUAAAGGA